CACACACGCGCACUGAAAUACAAUGAGGGCCCGAGCCUGAAACUGCGUGACACAGACCUCUGUUGCGUAACAGUCGUGUCGGGCGGUAGGUUAAUAGGUAGGCAACCGUGUUCAUCCGCUUGCGAGCAGAAAAAAAAAGAGGGAGGGAGAGAUGUGAGGAGAGAUGGAGCGGUCUGUCGGAGGGGGCGUACGUCUCCUCACUGGCUCAUGACUGGAGGGAGCUGGCCGCCGCACAAGGUUGCUGAGCGCACACCCGCUCUGUGGAUGCGUGUGAGAGCUGCGUUUCUCACGUCCCGCGCCCUGAUAAAACGACGGUGAACCGCGGAUCGCUUCGGAUAUGCCGUAGCAUCCGGUGUCCUGCCGCAGAGGACGCCAUUGGAGGGAGCAGCACGGCCCCGCAGCUGAAGGAUGGUGUGACUGAUACAGAGACAGACUGAGGGACCAGUCACUGCUCGCCACAUAGAGGCAGACCAUGGCUCCCAUGUCCCUCCUCUUUCUGGGCUUCUUCCUGUCCUUCAUCCAUUCUUCACAUACCCAGACCAUCAUCGGCUCUUCCUCGUCAUUUCCUCCUCUCGACCUGCCAAUUAAUUCUUCACCUCCACCAACCAAGCAAACUGUUAGUUUCUGGCCCUCUUUACCUCCCAGAGGGCGCAGUGAUGUGCCCGUCAGAGCGACAGUCCGGGAUAGGCUGAAGAGUAUGAAUGCAGUGCAACAGGGGCAAAGAGUGACCCGUCCCACUGUGCAGUCCAUUCCUUCUUUUAUAUCCGGCCUCUCUGCAAAGAACCUCAGCAUCGGGACAGUUUCAACCAAACCGACUGCCUCCAGGCCCAGGACUGACACAGCCGGUUUAACCUUCAGCAGGGCCUUUGCAAAGGGGGACACUGCUACAAAGGGCUUGACUCCACCUCUUCCCACUGCUGUCGCUGAGCCUGCAGGUAACAAGGCAGGUAAUCCAGAGUCAGAGGAUGAUGAUCCACAGGGGUUAGGAUCAGGUUUAUCUCCAACAACAAUGCUUGUGAAGGAGGAAACACCUGCUCCAACGGUUGGCGAUGAAAUGUCGCAGUAUCGGCCUCAGGCACAGACGGUGAUAUCUAAAAGUUCUGACGAAAAGACACCACCACCUGAGAGUCAGACUGUGAAGCCUCCGGUGUUUGUGCUCACAACGGCCAGUAAAACCACAACAACACCACAGACACCAGAGACGAGAGCAACACUGUCCCCUGUCGUGACGAAAGCAAUACCUCAGACUGUAGUUUUAACAGGAGACCUGACAGCGAGCACACUUCCUCCGCAGCAGGACUCUGUGAUGACCACCACCAUUGUGUCUCCUGAGAAUGAGCCACAGGCUUCAGAGCGGCCAGUCACUGCCCGAAGCCAGAAGAGUUCGCCUUCAAAAACCACAACACCACAAGUGACGACCACAUCUACAGCUACUGUGCUUACUACAACAGUUGCGGCUGUGAGAGCGUCCUCGAAAGCAUCAAACCCAACCAACAUAAUGACGCAACAAGGAGGGAAUACAGCCAGCACAACAAGGACAGGAAAACCUCCCUUCCUCACCACCGGUGUAGUCCCAGUCACCCGGAUAAGGAUUUUCCCCACCUACCAGAGUGGUAUUGGUCAGAAGAACCGCUCCAUUCUCCUGGGACAUCCUCACCAAGCUCCCCACGCUACUUAUAACCCAGUUCCCUCUCCCAGCGCCAGUCCCUCUAAUGAAACCUAUCUGUACUGGGGUGACCUGAGCCGGACGCUGGCAUUCGCCUGGGAGCUUCAUGUCUACGGUUCAGCAAGUCUCUUCCUCCUCCUGUUUGCAGGAGCUGCUCUCGGCCUCACCCUGUCCCCUGCCACAAACUGUCCACAUCGGGGUGCUGUUGCACUCGCCAACGCUCUAUUGUUUCUAGCCGGAGGCCUUAGGGCAGCUCUGUUUCUAAUUGACCCCUAUGGCACACGGAAAUUGCUCCCCCGCCCUGCAGUUAUGGUGCUCUACAACUUGCCCCUACACCUGCUGGUGUGGACGCAUGCUGCCCUGGCACUGUUGGCCAUAAGGGUGGCAGGGGUGAGUUUGUUACCUUCAACCAUGGAGCGUCCUCCUCUGGUGGCUGUGUUGGCUGUGCUGCAGUGCACCCUGCUGCUGGCAGCCGAUCUGCUCUCCCCAGCCCUGUCCCCUGUGGUGCCCGUCACCCUGCAGGUCCUGUCGCUGUGCUGGGGCCUGGCUCUCUGUCUGGGUUUUCUCUGCUACGUCUUUCCACGUAUACGCUGCCCACCGCUUCCCCAGCCUGGAGUCCCUGAACAGGGCAUGAGGAAGGCUUGGACAGGGAGCAGGAGGAUAGGCGUGGUCCUGGGGAGAGUCCUGGCAGUGUGUGCAGUGGUGGGGGCCUUGUGCUGUGGGCUGCAUGUUUAUGCCACCUUAUGGCUCUAUGGGCUUCUAGGGGACUGGACACACUUCAACUGGGGAUGGUGGCUGGUUCACUUCUGGGCCCGGCUCUUGGAGCUCUCCUGGGGGUUCUCGCUCCUUCUCCUGAGUUCUUGGCUUUUCUGGAGGCCCCAAGGUUACCAGGGAAGGGAGGAGGGUGGAGCAGAUGGCAGAGCCGCUGGAGACGUGCCAUCCCCUGGCCAAUCUGUAGGGUCCACUCAAAGACAUACCUGCUGGUCCAAGAUAGUGCAGAGCCUGAAAGUGAAGCCUUGCAGAAAAUCUGAGAGCAAUGGGGUAGGAGGAGGAGGGGGGGGAGGAGGAGGAGGUGGACCAGGAGCACCAGGGGAGAUGCCUAACAACUGGGCUGGUCAGGAACGUCCUGGAGCUGAUAUCAGUAAAAGUCUGAUCAGGAACCAGAACCACGAGCAGGUCACUGCCGUGCCACGCUACGUCAAAGACAACAACAGGGGACGCAACCAUAGGGGCCACUCUGCAGAACGAGGCGUAUCUGAUGGCUCCACAGGCUCCCUGCUGAGACUGCAGGCGCUGGGACGUCCUCCUCAGCGCUCAGUGAGUGGCAGCCUGGAUCAGGAUAAGGACACUUCCCUGUCUCUGUGUGACUUUGAUCUACGCCCCCCCUCUCCCAUCAACCUGACCCGCAGUAUUGAUGAGGCUCUGCACAGGGGGCACCUACUGGAAGGAGGCAGCCUAUUUUAUCCUUACAACCAAAACUCGCAGUCUCCCUCCCCGGGCUCAGGGGGCAGCCAGGGACCCUGGCUCCGCAGGAACAGUGAUCCUCAGAUGCUCUCUGAGAGCAGCGAGGCCCCGACAGAGUCGUCCAUGCCACUAGGUGGCAGCAUACUCAGCAGUGUACCAAGUAGGCAGGUGACUGCUCCCCCCACACCUUCCCAUCAGGGUAACAGGUGGGCUGGGAACGGGGUGGCAAGUGUUCCCUCAUCAGUGUCCUGCCCUGUGUCGCUUCGUCCCACCAGAAUAUCUACUGGGCAUCUGGGGGACGACGGAGUGGAUGACACGCGGCCAUUCAUCACGCCUGACUCAGAGAGGGUGCGGGGAAGGGCUGGGAGGCCGGCGGGAUCACGGAGUUACCUGGAGGUCAGUCGACAUGAUGACUCUGCCAGUGUGAGCAGUGAAAUCAUUGACUUAUAAACCAGACUGUGGACAUGAGGACCAAUGACUCAACAUCAGACACGCCCAUUUAACAAACGCUGUUCCUUUAACAAAUAUUAGGAAAAUCUGUUUACCUUGUUAAGGAUUCAACAACUGUGUUUGUGGAACCGAAAUGUUAAAUAUUUUACUCUGGGAGUAAAACUGAGAGCUAAAGCACAGAUAAACAACAACUCUCCAUCUCUCACGAACUCUUUUUGUUUUCAAAUGCCCCCACACACGCACACGCACACACACACACACACUCACACACUGGCAUUACAUUAACACAACUUCAAUAACAAUGGGACCAUACACACAUUGCCUACACUUGAGAACAGCUGUUCAGUAUAUGUAGGAGUGAAAUUUGUCAUGGAUAUAGAUUUAAUUCAACCAUCAAGUAAGAAAUCGAUGUGAUAGUUUCAUAUCAUGAAUAACGUCAACAUGAAACUAUUUGUAUUUACUUUCUGAGUUUUAAUAAGUUUCAAUGUGGCUCCAUUUUCGAUAUCGUCUUCGUGAAAACAUGUCUGCAUGUCAACAGUCGUGAAUUUCAUUGCUUUCAUGAAGUUUAUUCUCCGUCUUUCAUGUUUCAGUUUGCUCUGUGAUGUGCCAUACAUGACCACGGUCGGUUCUGUGCUAUUUUUAAUGGUUUUACAAACCCAUUGUUUGGGUUAACUUUCUAUAGCGUCUAACCAGUAUCAUAGUGACUCAGCUAUGGAUUACUACUUCUAAGCUCUUAACAUGCUGCCGCUGUUGUUGUUGUCGUCGUCUAUUUUGCCUUGUAUGUCGAUGUGAAGCUAGUUACAUAAAGAUGCAGGCAGUGAACAACAGUCAGAGACAUGCAGACGCAUGCUUAUGCGGGAAAUGAAUUCCAAGCAUUCACAUGUGAGGUAAAUGCAUUUCAUCUUGACUUUUUGCUGUUAAGACAAAGCUCCUGCAACUAAUGUACAACUGAAGCCUCUGAAUGCAUUUUUACAGAAUCUAACUUUAGAAUAGGAAUCCUAAUCAGUUGCAUUGAGUCGAUUCACACAGUUUGAUCUCUUCUCUAAUAAGACGCUUCACAGCUUUGCAGAGCUGCAGCCAGUGGUGUAGGAAGUAUUCAAACAUUUUACUGUGGUAAAAGUACAAAUAAAUGGACAAAAAAAUUGUACUCAAGUAAAAGUACCACAACAAAAUUUCUCCUUGACUAAAAUUAUUAAGUACUUGUUUUUAAUUAUACUUAAAGUAUUCAAAGUAAAAGUACUCACAGUGUGCAACGUCUUCCCAAUGCAAGAGCCUACGACAUCAGUAACUGUGCCUGUGUAUCUUGAUUUGAUUCAAGAAUACUAUCUCUUUUAAAAUACGGCCUUGCAUCACGUAUUACUAAUGGCUGGGUCUCGGCGGUGGCCUGUUCGCAGAUGAUCUAAUGUUACAGCUUUGAUUGGAUCAGUCGACCAAUUUUAUUGUUAUUACAUAUUAAUAAUAAUAAAAUAAACAAAAGAACGUGUUGUAAAGUGAUUAUGUAAAUGAAAAAUGUAUUUAAUGUACGUUUUUUACUGCCCCACUGGCUGCAGCACACACGACUGGCCUGGCAUGAACCUGGGAACUGUUCUAGUUAAUUAUUAUCAGAGCACUUAACUGAACGCCUGAGCACUAAAGUAUUUUACUACUCUAGGGGGAAAUGUCCUUCAACUAUACGAUGUAUAAGCGACGAUGUAAAUACAGUUAUUUUUGAUGUUCAUGAAUAAAGGUGUAAUUGAAACAGUCAAUAGUUGUAACUGUGAAAGACAAUCUGAAGUAAUGCUUUUGCAGAACGUUGCGCUAUUUUGAUCCGAUUGAGAUGACGUGCAUAUCGAGGACUUCCUGGACUGUGCUCAGGAUUGUAAUAAUGAUACUGGUUUUUCCAAAGAAGAUCUGAUGGCCGUGGUCCGCAGGAUUUGGAUUUCUAUUAAAUUGUUUCUGUCAUUAAAUGAUUUCAACGACAUUUGUAAAGAAACAAACAAAACACACUAGUUUGUCUUUUUUCCUGAAAUUAAGCCGGUGGUUCCCAUUGUUCAGUUUUAAAGUUGCAAGGAUUUAUUGAAAACUACUACGAUUAUUGAAAACUGAGACUCUUCUACCUGAAAUGCUACUUUGGAUGCUUGUGUUAAUAUCUUAUUAUAUUUUGACAUUUUAUCCCAAGUGGAGUUUGGAGUAAAACGUAACUCAUGCCCCUGUUACCGCUGAGAGCCAAUCCAUGACUUGUUUUCCAGUUACCUCAGGGUGACUUGCAGCUCCUCCCAGUGAUGUGAGAUAUUUGACUUGUUUAGUAUUUUGCAGUACAAUGGCCUUGUGUUGUCAACAUUCCAAUGCACCUGUACGAUUUCAGUGCCCCAGUCCUCAAUAUUACACAUUUUUCUUCAUGACCAGGGUGGUACCUCAGCGCCCCACAGUGUUCUCCCCUCUACGCAGCAGUAUGUGCCAUAGAAAAUACAAAUCAUUGUACCCUCUCCAGUCUGUAGCCGCAGUGCAGGAGUACAGUGUUAGUUUGAUUCAUUUCUUUUGCUCAUUGAACUUCUGUUCUUGUAUUUCUUGCCGCAUUUUGUGUCUGGAUCCAAAAUAAAAAUGAGGAACCUCAAAA